UAACCAGGGGUGAACUGACAACUCAUGGGGCCCCUGGGCAAUAGGGGAUCAUGGGGCCCCUGUGUCCUUGCCCAAACUCAAAAAAGCCUAUGAAAAAGGUACCAGGGGCAUCUCAUGGGGCCCCCUACUGACCCCGAGCCCUCAGGCAGUGCCCAAGUGCCCGAAUGGUCAGUCCACCCCUGGUGCCAUGUGAUCCCCGACUAUGUCAGGUGACCAGUGUAGCACCAGCUAUUGAUACAGAAGAGCCAACAAACUACCAAAGGCAGUGUCAUGUUAUAAAAUCAAACUAUCAUGAUAGAAGA